AUGACGGUCCCGAGGGUCCCUGUGGCCCCCUGGACGGUGGCUCUGAUGGUGUUGCUGAGCAGAGAGGUCCAGGGCGGAGCCCCUCCAGAGAACCACCUGCUGCGCGCGCUGCACGAGUGCCACGCGGAGAGGGACGGGACGCAGCGCUACCUUAUGAGAUGCGUCUUCAACCGCGAGGAGUUCAUGCGCUUCGACAGCGCCGUGGGCGAGUUCCGCGCGCUCACCGCCAUGGGGCGCCCGUGGGCCGCGGCCUGGAACAGCCAGAAGGACUACCUGGAGCGCCGGAGGGCCGAGACGGACACGGUGUGCGCGCACAACUACGAGCUCAACCAGGGCUUCACCAUGAAGCGCCGAGUCCAGCCUAAGGUACACGUGUCACCCGCCAAGAAGGUCACCCUGGAGCACCGUGACCUGUUGGUCUGCCACGUGACAGAUUUCUACCCAGGCAGCAUUCAGGUCCGCUGGUUCCGGAACGGCCAGGAGGAAACGGCAGGGGUCGUGUCCACCGAACUGAUCCGGAACGGGGACUGGACCUUCCAGGUCCUGGUCAUGCUGGAGAUGACCCCUCAGCGGGGAGACGCCUACACCUGCCUCGUGGAGCACCCCAGCCUGCAGAGCCCCGUCACCGUGGAGUGGAGGGUCCGGUCUGACUCUGCCCGAAACAAGAUGCUGGCCGGAGCAGGUGGCCUGGCGCUGGGACUCAUCUUCCUGGCAGUGGGCAUGGUCAAGCACACGAGGAGCAAGCAGGCUCAGAGAAGGUCUCCAGGAUCCAGAUGAGCAGGUUAUACCUGCCACAGUUUCCACCAGCUCAACAGUCCGUGAACUAUAGCUCCAUCAACAGAGGCUGGAGAGAUGGCUCGGCAGUUACGCGCUUGCCAGAGGCCCCCGGUUCAGUUCCCAGCACCCGA